AUAUGCAAAAGCAUGUCCUAGUAACUAAAAGACCAUCAUUUUGAUUUUGGACAAAAGUCGUGUCAUCUUUACAUACAUUAUUCAUUUGCAAACAUAAAAACAAAAGAAUAUAACGGUGUGUUUUUACGUGCAAAUAUUUACAAAUAAAAAUGAAACGAGUUGCUGUUAUCGGUGCAGGAGCUAGUGGGUUGACUGCUAUAAAAUGCUGUCUUGACGAGGGUCUCGAACCUGUGUGCUUCGAGAGAACAAACUAUAUAAGCGGAUUAUGGCACUACACAGAUGAAGUGGAAGACGGUCAGGCAUGUGUGAUGAAAUCUACGGUGAUCAACACAUCCAAAGAGAUGAUGUGCUACAGUGACUUUCCUAUACCUGAGAACUUUCCCAUUUAUAUGCAUAAUAAAUACGUGGACAAGUAUUUCCACAUGUACGCGGACAAAUUUGGUCUCAAGAAGUGCAUAAACUUUAAUACAGAGGUCGUUUCGGUUGCACCAGCCAGCAGCUUUAAAAUCAACGGUACAUGGGAAGUUGUAACCAGGGAAAUGACAUCAAAAAACAUGGAAACAAAUAUAUUUGAUGGAGUUCUUGUGUGUACUGGUCAUCAUGCAGAAAAAAAUAUGCCAGAUUUCCCUGGUUUAGACAGGUACAAAGGCUAUGUGACGCAUACCCACGAUUACAAGGAUUACCGUGGUUACGAGGACAAAAGGGUUUUGAUCAUUGGAAUUGGAAACUCUGGUGGAGAUGUUGCUACAGAAUUAAGUCGAAUAUCUGCACAAGUGUACCUGAGUACACGGUCUGGUACUUGGCUUUUCAAUCGUGUCAGUGAUAAGGGCAAUCCGGGUGAUAUGGCUCGUAACAGGCGGGCAAGGAGAGACUUUUUCGGAAUAUUUCCAUCGUUAGCGUUGAAACUUUUCGUACAAAAGUUAAACAGCAGGUUUGACCAUAAGAAGUAUUGUUUGCAACCAAAACAUAGUCCUUUGUCAGCUCAUCCUACAGUUAACGACGAACUCCCAAACAGAAUAGUUUCUGGUGGUGUUAUUAUCAAAGCUAACGUAGAGAGGUUUACAGAAACUGGUGCAAUAUUUGAAGAUGGUACUAAAGUUGACAAUCUGGACGCCGUAGUAUUUGCCACUGGUUAUAUAUUUGGAUUUCCAUUCCUAGAUAAAAGCGUGGCCGAUGUCAAAGACAACAAAGUGAAUCUGUACAAGUACAUGUUUUCCCCGGACCUUGCGAAGCAUACACUUGCGAUAAUAGGAUGCUUCCAACCGCUUGGUGCCAUAAUGCCAUUGAGUGAACUACAGUGCCGUUUGGCUACUCGUGUAUUCAAGGGUCUGGUCGUGUUACCGGACAAGGAGGAGAUGUGGAAAGACAUCAGAGAAAAACAACGAGCAAUGGCUCUUAGAUACAAAAUAUCACAACGUCACACAAUACAAGUUGAUUUUAUACCAUUCAUGGAUGAACUUGCAGAAAUAAUAGGAUGCAAACCAAACUUUAGCAAACUUCUACUGGGAGACCCUAAACUUGCUAUUGAAUGUUAUUUUGGACCCUGCACGCCUUACCAGUUCCGGCUUAUGGGGCCAGGAGUUUGGAAAGGAGCUAGGGAAGCAAUAAUGACACAAUGGGACCGGACGUACCAACCCUUAAAAACAAGGUUAUGUGAAAGGCGACCAGAAAAGGGCAGUGUGACAUUAAAAAUGGCGAUGCUUAUAAUGAUGGCCGUGAUGUUGAUAUGCUUAUUUAUUUGAACGGCAAACAAUAUAAGAAUAAAAGCUGGUUUAUCAAAAAUAAUAAUCAGAAAAAAGUGUCAAACAUUUACGAAAAAGAUAUCAGGAAGCUUAACAACUGGUGUGCCAAACCUAUGUAUGUCUGUACGAAUGCACGCGGGGGAGCAUGCUGUAUCCAAUGUUUUUCUCCGUCUUUGAUUUCACGUAAAUGUAACAAUAUGUGUGACAUAAAGUACAAGAAUACAAAAAUGACGCUCUGUGUUUAAUUG